UCAUUCUGCCGUUGCCCACUCCCGCUGUAGCAGCGGUGCGUUCGGAGAGAAGCGUGUGGUGGAGGAGGGAAAAAAAGAAGGGGGGAGGAAAAGCAGGACAUUAGGGAAGGGAGCGCCUGGGCAGCACUGCAACAGCUGCAGCGGGAGGAAAGAGAGACGGAGCAAAGGAAGGAAGGAAGGAAGAAGAAGAGGAGGUUGCAGGAAGUCUUUUUUCAUGCAGGUUUUCUUUGUGCCCUGAACAAGGUCGCAGUGUGGAACCACAUUUUUCUCCCUUGCCCGCUGAUGCUCGUCUCUCCGGUCCCAUGCAGGAGGCAUGCUUGGAAAUAGUGUGAAAGGCAGGGAAGGAGAUUUCAAGAUGGAUAGCUCCAAAGCAUACAGCCAAGCAGAUGGCAAAGGACUUGGCUUUGGGGCCAAGAGGGCCAAAUCUGGGGCACCUCAGAGUACCCAGCGGGGUGAACUCAAGGUUUACCGGGCGGGUAGCUCCGAGGGCAGGCUGCCAGGUGGGUCCGGCCUUCGCAAGCAGAGGUCCAUGACCAACCUGGCCGUGCUCACCGACGCCGAGAAGAAGUUGCACCUUUACGAGCCCAAGUGGAGCGAUGACAUGGCCAAGACCGGGGCGGGCGCCCCGAGGAAGACAGGCAAGCCGGCAGGCAAGGCGGCGGGUCGUGGUGCACCACUUUCUCGCAACCUCUCCAAGUCAGAACACUCUCUUUUCCAAGGCAAACCCAAGCCCUUCGCCCCUUUGGCAGCUCCCUCAGCUCCCGGCAAGCAAAGCCGGAUCCCUCGCGCUCCGUAUGCAGAGGUGAAGCCCCUCAGCAAAGCCCCCGAAGACGGAAGGUCGGAUGACGAAAUCCUCUCCAGCAAGGCCAAAACUGCCACCAAGAAGCCGGGAGGUGGAGGGGAUUCUGGCUCCAAGGGCCAGGGGGAAGAAGGUGGGGACAAACCCUUCCUGAAGGUGGACCCCGAGCUUGUAGUGACAGUGCUGGGCGACCUGGAGCAGCUGCUCUUCAGCCAGAUGUUAGAUCCUGAGUCGCAGAGGAAACGUACGGUGCAGAACGUCCUCGACCUCCGGCAGAAUUUGGAGGACACCAUGUCGAGUCUGCGGGGCUCUCAGCUCAGCCACAGCUGUGCGGACAGCAGCAAUGUGGGCUACGACAGCGACGACACCAACGCCCGCAGCAUGUCCAGCCUGUCCAACCGCUCCUCGCCGCUGUCGUGGCGUCACGGGCAAGCCAGCCCUCGCCUCCAGGCGGGCGACGCCCCGUCCUCGGCGGCGGGUGGAUACCAGGGGGCCAAGACCGUCUCGCCGUACGUCGCCCAAACCAUGCCGGCUCGCUGCUCGGGCAGGCUGAGCGGGACAUCGCGCGUGGAUCUUCUGGACGACGGAGACCUCAAGUCUGGUUACCUGAGCGACAGCGACCUUCUAGGGAAGAGCCUCCCGGAUGACGAAGACAACCUCACUAAUGGCUGGGAUGAAAGCAGCUCCAUCAGCAGCGGGCUCAGUGACGGCGACGGCGAGGUUUCGGACAACCUUAGCUCCGAGGAGUUCAACGCCAGCUCGUCGCUCAACUCGCUCCCGAACACACCGCUGGGAUCCAGACGCAACUCUUCCGUCAUGCUGCGCACCGACGCUGAGAAGCGCUCCCUGGUGGAAAGUGGACUCUCCUGGUACAGCGAGGAUGGCAAGGCGGGCCACAAGGUGGACGCGUGCGGGUACGACACGGGCAGUCUCAAGACGGAAGCGCAGAGCAAGUGGAGGAAGAAGCCGCCCAGUCUGAGCGAUGAGCUGAGCGUCAAGGGCGAAACAAGGAAACCUCAGAGUUUGGGCGCACCGGGGAGCUUUAAGAAGAGUCGAAAUCCUCCAGUGGGGGUCACCUCCCCCAUCACCCAUACAUCGCAGAGCAUGCUGAGAGUGGCAGCGCCAAAAAAUGACAAGCCACAGGAUAAAUCCAAGAUUUCCAUCAAGACGGCGGGUCUGCAACGGUCACGUUCUGACGCCGGCCGGGAUCAUCACAUGGAGCCCCGAAAGCCACCGUCGGGUUUAGUCAAACCCACGACCAGAGCCUCCUUUGGCUACAAGAGACCGCCUGCAGCCACUGGUACUGCCACAGUGCUGACAGCAGGGGGUGCCACCAUCUCCAGUGGCUCUGCUACUGUGGGGAAAACUCCCAAGUCCUCAGGCAUGUCAAUGAAGCCAGUAGGGUCAGGAGCGCCUUCUGGACGUAAGAACAGCUUUGAUGCCAGUGGCGAGCCGAGCUUCCUGGGGCCCAGUGCCCGGAACAGCAUCCAGUACCGCAGCCUGCCUCGACCCGCCAAGUCCAGCACGCUCAGCGUCAUCGGUCGUCCCGCGUCCCGACCCGUCAGUGGUACUAUAGACACGAGUCUGCUGUCCAUGAAGCCCGUCAGCAUGACCGACCGGGAGAAGGAGAAGGCCAGGGCCAAAGCCGUGUGCGCUGACAUGGACAUGGACUGUGCUUCCCUGAAAGGAGAUCAGGUUUCGUCCGAGUCCUCGCGAGAAUCCGUCGUGAAACUGCACGGCCUGAGACGAACCAGCAGCAGCAAAUAUCCCGAACUGUCGUCGCCCACCACACCGAGGAUGUUAGUCAAGUCUUUGGGACGUCCACCCAGCUUGGCUCACUUGGACAAGGUCAACUCCAACAGCCUGGACUCCUGCGUGACAAUUCAGGACCUCCCUCCCAAAGUCCCCCCUUACUCCAAGCUCCAGGACCUAGUUUCCUCCCACUCAGCAGCCCGCCUAACCCCCAGCCCGGCGCCCGUGCUGCACAUCGACUCGCCCGGCUCGUACACCGGCGACAGCCUCGGGGGGUCGCCUCUGCUGUAUCCCAAACUGUCAACCAUGCACCGCAGUAUGGAGUCGCUGCCCCUGCAGAUGAGCGUGCCCCCUCGAUCCAGGUUUAGCGCCAAUGAGUCACAGGAUAAGGAACGAGGCGCGGGGACGUGGGGUGCUGGGAGCAGGACGUCCCUCAACCUCUCAGAAGGGUUGCAGACAGAUAGGAACACCUUGCCAAAGAAAGGCUUAGAACGCUGCAGCUCAAGCCUGUCAGAGAGUGAGGGCAUGAAACCGGGACGACGCCACUCGCAUAACGCGGCGUCCGAGCGCAAUAGCCCGCCUCAGCUGCCGUCGCCCACCCGUCCGCUCCACCUCCUGUCCGCCACCAAAGCGCCUCUCACCAACGUGGUUGCCCCAAUUUCUUCUUUGGGCACCCCGAGGAUAUCGCGCUCCAACAGCAUCGGGCCCCCCGGUGACUGCGAGCUCUACGGCUCCCCCCCGCUUGGCAGCCCCAUGUCGCUGGCGGAGCGGCCCAAAAGCAUGAUGCGCUCCGGCUCUUUCCGUGAGCAGGCGGACGAUGUGCACGGCUCUGUGCUCUCUUUAGCUUCCAAUGCUUCAUCCAACUACUCCUCCUCGCAAAUCCGCAAACUGCGCCGCGAGCUGGAAUCCUCGCAGGAGAAGGUCGCCGACUUGACCAUGCAGCUGUCUGCCAACGCUAACCUGGUCGCAGCUUUUGAACAGAGCCUGGCACUGAUGACAUCUCGCCUGCAGACCUUGUCUGUUUGCUCUGAACAGAAGGAUUCCGAGUUGAAUGACCUGAGGGACACCAUCGAGAUUCUGAAGACUAAGAACACCGAGGCCCAUGACAUCAUUCAGGAUGCUCUCAAUAAUUCCGAAAUCGUAUCUAAAGAACUGCAGAUAAAUCGUCAGAACUCAUCGGAAAGCCUCUCCAGCCUCGCCAGCACCAUCAGCCACUCGAGCAUGGGCAGUCUCAAGGAACAGGAGGCCAAGAAGAAGAAGAAGAAAAGCUGGUUACGCAGCUCAUUCAACAAGGCUUUCAGCAAGAAGGGCUCUAAGCCAACAGAGCCCUAUGCCGACAUUGAGGAAAUCGCCACCCCAGAGUCGUCGGCACCACCGUCGCCCAAAGUCCACCGUGAUGGGGCUGACUCUCCGCCAUCGUCCAUGAAAGACUCAGCCUCUGCUUCAACAUCCGGGCUCUGUGAGGAAAGCGAGGUGGCGGAUGAUAAGGUUGUGUUGGACCUUCGCUCAGAAUUGUGGGAGAAGGAGCGGAAACUUACUGACAUCCGGCUGGAGGCUUUAACCUCAGCCCAUCAGCUGGAGCAGUUGCAGGAGACAAUGACCAACAUGCAGAGGACUGUGGAAAAUCUCAAGGUGGAAAACGACCAACUGAAGACAAGCAGCCUGUCCCCCUGUCCAUCUCCCGGACCCUCCAGCUCCAUUUCCCAGUCCUCGGGUCUCACAUCUCUCGCCAACUUGUCACCGCGACAUUCCCUCACAGUGAACGAGGCCAGAAGAACCAGCACAGAUUCCAUGGAUUACGCAAACCUGUCUUCGCAGCGAGACGACCACCGUGUCAGGGUGGUGGUUUGCGUUGCAGAUUUGCACGUCUUCAAAGAUCAGGAGGUGAAACAGCAGGACUUCUUCCUGGGUACCGUCAGAGUCAACGGCAGGAUGGACUGGCCCAUGCUGGACUCUGCCGUCAGCCAGGCCUUUAAGGUUUACGUUGCCAAGGUGGACCCCACCUACAGUCUCGGCCUGUCGACGGACUCCAUCUACAGCUACAGCAUGGGUCACAUCAAGAGGGUGCUGGGCGGAGACGCUCCAGAGACGCAGCCCUCUCGCUGCAUGUCCCGAGGGCCCACCAGCAUCACUGUGGCGCUCAAAGGUUUAAAGGAAAAGUGUGUGGAUAGCCUCGUCUUCGAGACCCUAAUACCCAAACCCAUGAUGCAACACUACAUCAGCCUGCUGCUCAAACACCGCAGACUCAUCCUAUCCGGACCAAGCGGAACAGGCAAGACCUACCUGACCUCGCGGCUGGCCGAGUACCUGGUGGACCGCAGUGCCCGUGAAGUCUCCGACGGCAUCGUGGUGACCUUCAACAUGCAUCGUCAGUCAUGCAAGGAUCUGCAGCUGUAUCUUUCAAACUUGGCCAAUCAAAUAGACCGAGAAACCAGCUCUUCCGAAAACCCUCUGGUCAUUAUCGUGGACGAUAUUCACGAUCCGGCUUCCGUCAGCGAACUAGUCAACGGAGCGCUGACGUGCAAAUACCACAAAUGCCCGUACAUCAUCGGAACGAGCAAUCAGCCAGUGAAGAUGACGGCAAACCACAGCCUGCAUCUCAGCUUCAGGAUGGUGAUCUUCUCCAACAACGUGGAGCCAGCCAAUGGCUUCCUGGUGCGCUAUUUGCACAGGAAGCUGAUGGAGUCAGAGGACGAGCAGAACCUGACCAAUGAGGAUCUGGUCCGGGUGCUGGACUGGGUUCCCAAACUGUGGUAUCACCUGCAUACCUUCCUGGAGAAGCACAGCACGUCGGACUUUCUCAUUGGCCCGUGCUUUUUCCUGUCCUGUCCAGUCACUGUAGAUGAGUUCCGGUCAUGGUUCAUUGACCUUUGGAACCAUUCUAUUAUUCCUUACUUGCAAGAGGGAGCCAAGGAUGGCAUCAAGUUCCACGGCCAGAAAGCGGUGUGGGAGGACCCCGUGGAGUGGGUGAGGGGCACGUUGCCUUGGCCUUCCGCCCAACAGGACCAGGCCAAGCUGUUCCACCUUCCUCCCCCGAGCAUCGGCUCCAGUAGUCCCGGUCAAGCCGGCGAGGAGAAGUCUCGCAAGGAGACUACACCCAGCUCAGUGGAAUCUGAUCCGCUGAUGGCAAUGCUUUUGAAACUCCAAGAGGCUGCCAAUUACAUCGAAUCUCCAGACAAGGACGACCCCAGCCUGCCAAGACUGUGAACAAGCUUACACUUAAAAAAAAAACUCCGCACUUCAUAUGAAAAAAAAGUCAUUGUUACUCGUCUGCUGUAAGGACAAUGUACUGUGCAUUAGGGAACCCUCAGAAAAAAAGAAAAAGGUUGUAGGGUGAUUUUGAAGCAUCAUUCCUACAAUGAAAAGUUGAAAGUGAAAAUCAUGCAGAAUUUUUAAGAAAGUAUAGGUGGACUUAAACAAAACACAUAUAUAAAGGAGGUCCUCGCUUUACGACGGCAUUCCGGCCUACGACAGCGACGUAACCCAGAUGUCGACAUAAAUCCAAAUGCAUUGGAGUCUACCACUAACCUUGUUCAAUUGGAAUUGGUAUUUAAAGACCCUUUAAAAUGAAUUGAGAGAUUUGUUUCUAAAUACUAUACCUUGGACGAUAAUUGCUGAAAAUGUGCAAGAAUAUGAUGUACUCAAUUAUGGAAAUAUAGCAUCAAAUUGCUUUUACCAUUUCAGUUUUCCUGAUUUUUGGGGCGUGGCUAAAACAGCCCCGGUGACACACUUAGUCGCCAGUUCCAUCUCCCCCACAAUAUAAUAACUUAACCGCCUUCGUUCACAUGACUCGUUAUGCAGCGCAAUUGUGAGUUACCUAGCUAUUAUUACUAAGAUAGCUGGUGGCUAGUGCCUCCCAUUGCGACGAGGAAAACAACCCGGAAGGAUGUAUAGCAGCCACCGCAUGGUUUAAAUGGACAUACUUUUGCGGCUCAAACAUAUAUGUAGGCAUAAGAAAGGUGCUAGACCAUUUUUCAGCAGGGCCUGUUUCCACACAUUUAGCGGAAACAAAGAGAACGGCUUGAUUUUUCACAAUUUUAUCACUACAUACUUUUUUACGUUUUUGUUUUUUUUAAUCUUUCAAAUUUGGCAGGGUUGUUAAAAACACUCUUCUAUGGUGUGUCAAAUUUGGAAAAGCGUUUGUUCUCACUUUAAGUUCACCUGUAAAGGUUACAGUGCUUUUUAGAGUCAUCCUGAAAUUCCCUAAAGCCCAAUAUCUGUAAAUGCGGCGGUAACUGAACUCUUGCGCCAGGAGCAGCAUUUAUUUUUUUUUUGCCGCUGUGCCGUUUGUAACCUUUUGUACAAUAUGUCGGGACCGCCGUAAACCGAGGACCCCCUGUAUUUACACAAUUCCUUUCAGGUCCCUUGACCACCUCUUUCCCUCAGUCCUCUUCUUAGAUUGGUGCUAAAAGUUAAAAAAAAUAAUUUAAAAAAACACUUCAGGUGAUGUCCUAACCAUCACACCCUGCGCAGCAUAACGCAGGGAUCAGUGUGCUCGUCCACCGAUGCUGUUCUCAAAAGUAAAAUAAAUAAAUAAAUAAAUAAAUAAAAAUAAAAAAAGUAUGACAGCACAAUGGAAGUUGCUGAAGUUCAUAUCUGCUGCAUCCGUCUCUUAAAGCCAAAUGUUACACAUUAUGCAAUCCCCUGACUUUCCAACUUGAUCAGGUGAAAAAAAACCAACAAAGAUGCCUUAAAGAAGAAAAAAACAAUUACUGGUGCUUAUGUCAGCUUAGCUCCUUAUGAGCAGGUUUCGAUGGCCUUUCAUUUUCUGCCGCUACUUCUGACUUUGAACUUGCACGUCCAUAUUCACAAACUGGAAAAUGUUGCUGUCAUACUUUUUUUCCCCCACCCCUCUCUCUGCAACUGUUCUAGCACUUUUUUAUUUGAGCUGCUUUAACCUUGAAACACACACAAAUAUCACCACUGCUGCCAUGUACAGUAUAGCAGGUAUUACGUUCACAAUUACUCCACCAGCAGGAGGAGAAUGAUGAUACACUUUGACUCCACUUCCUUAAAAACUCGACGCGAGGAAUAUUAGCGCCACACAGAAUACGGGUGCAUCUUACUAAAAGAGAAUAUCGGAGGAAAACUCAUUUCAGUGCAUCAAUUCAAAAAUAAAAAUUCAGAUUGUAAACAGAUUCACAACACACGAUGUGAAAUAUUUAAUUUUUUAAUCAUUUUGAGGAUUAUGGCUUACAGUUAAGGAAAACCACAAAUUUACCAUCUCAAGAAUUACAUAAGAAACAAUCAACUUGAUUUUUAUUGGAGAAUUUAGGUAGGUAGGUUUUGCCAUGUGUUAAAUUAAUCCAUAUAACUAUACAACAACAACAAAAUCCAAUCUUUGUCGCAAACAUUACUGGUAUUUUAUCCCAGUCCAUGCUGUUCAGGCAAACAUUGGUAGAAGGACUUUUAAAACCUAUUACUGCUCAACAUUCCAAAAGACUGUUCAACAAUGCAUUGGUUUGGAUUGCUCAUUAAGUCUCCCGACAACAACUGAUAAAAAUAGAACAAAUCUGUUCUAGCAAUCCUAUUUUUGUCGUUAUAAAACUUUUGAAAACACGAGACCUGUUGUUUUAACUUGCAAUUCACCAUAAACAAGGCAAUGGUUUUGUUUCGAAACAAGUAUCUAAAAGUUAAAUACAGCUGAAUUGUACUUAACAAAAGUUCUAUACUGGAUUUAUUUUUUUUUUUUUAAGCCACUAUAACAUUAUGCACAUUUUGAACAUUGAAUUCAGUGUUUGUUUGUGUACCACGAGUGACCACUGACCUACAUCUAUGAUUUUUGUCCUUUCUGUGCGGCGCUAAUAUGCCUUCAUAAGCGGUCGAGUUUCUUACAAACCGAAUAAUCACUCGCGUAUGUGAAACCCGAAAACAUUAUUCCGAAUCAUGUCCGCAGGUGCGAACGAUUGUAAGACAAAGGUCAUAACGGAAGCAAAGACGAGUAUAAAACAUGUAGCAAAGUUACUUAGCUAAUAAUGAGAGCGAAAGCCAAGGUGAAUGACUUUAAAGCUACCUACACCCACUUCAUUGUCCAUUCACGUCAUAAACCUCACCAGGAAAAGCUUAAAAUCAAAUGUUGCAUAGUAUCGACAUUUUCGUAGGUUUGGUGCUUUUACCGUUGUUCGCUGUCGAAGAUCACGCAACGAUUCAGGGUAGGUUGGCCAGAUUGUUGACGUUAAAUAGAUUUUGAGAGUAACUUUUUAUAUAUAUAUAUAUAUAUAUAUAUAUAUAUAAACAAGUGGCGUCACGUGAGACAUUGUACCAUGUAUAUGACCAUAUCCGUGUUACGGUAUUGGUGGAUUGCUCCAGAGUCAGAAUGAUUUAACACUUUGGAAGGUGCUUCAUGUAUUUAUUUUGUGUGUGUGUAAAAUAUACAUAGAUUGUCCCUAAAAUAGUAAAUGACUGUAUUACAUCAAGCGGGGUACACACAUAGCGAUUUUUAACAGCGCAAAUGAUUUUUUUUAAAAUGUGACCGAUGCCACACUUGACCAGGAUGCACUCAAGUGGACCAACACAGCACACCGCACACAUCGACAUCGACAAUCGUGUACGUCAAGCCCCAAACCAGAUGUCUGUCGUAGUACCAAGACCGACCUGUGUGAGGCAGCAUUGUGCCACAGACCAUCCAGACUGCUGAUAAAUACAGCAAAGUACAAAGAGUAGUAAUAGAAGAAGAAAUAGAAAAAGGUUUUUCUUUUGUAAAUUUUGAACAGGUUUUGACAUUUGUUGUUAGCCUCAUAGCAUAAUUGCUGAAGCCAUUUUAAUCUUGCUGUUACCAAAUCAAUGAAAAAUAUUUAGGACUUGCUAAAAAAAUAUAUUGUUUUUUUCUCGUUUUUUUUUUUUUAAACGUUUAAAUAGGAUUUAGGCAAUUACGCUACUAGGCUAGCGAUCUAUAUUUGCCAGCCCUGACCAAUUUUCAAGCUGAUCGGGAGAAGGAAAUAUAUAUAUAUCAUUGACAUAAUUGAUUAAUCAAAGUCAACUCAACUAUCAUCACCUUAGCGUCGACUACAAAAAAAUAUGAAGUCGUUCAAUCCCUAUUUGGCACACCCCACACCAUAGGAUAAUCACCUAGGAUAAUCUUUAAAAGACAUGCGAUAAGUGGGCGUAUGCUGACUUUGAUUGGAAAAAGGCUGAAAUUUGACCCGAUUAUCGAUAUGCGUGUACUCUGCUUUAAGGAUGUGGUGUUGAAUGAACUUCAUAUGUACUUCAAUCCUGUUAAUGAAUGUCCAGCCACUUUAACGUGACACGAUAAAUUAUACGUAAAGUUAAAACGGUCGCUUGGUUGCGACUAGCCGACUCUGAUUGGUCAACCUAGCUUUCCAAGUGAAUACAAAGAUGAGUUUCACACACACAAAAAAAAAAAAAAAAGGGGUUAGAUCAAAUUCUUUGUAAAUAUGUAAGCCCUGUACUCUAUUUUCUGGAACGUUUCAUCUCAUGGACUGGUUGUUGUGCUUGUCACUGUGUAGUAGCCGUGACUUCAGUUUUGUAUUGGGACUAUACAGCAACUUCUACUUGGGUUUUUGACAAUGUCGAAUGUUCCAGUUCUUAGAUCGUGAGCGAAGGCAUAACCCGGUAAGCCUUAAAACGGUGGUUUCGGGAAGGGCGUUAUGUUGGAAACAGGGUAAAAAGACCUAGUUUGAAAUAAUGGUCAAGCUCUCCACUUCAAAUUGAACCUUAAAUUCCAAAACGGUUGGAAAAAGCAAUUCGAAUGGGUGUAGCCCAGAAAACUAAAUGGAGGCCAUUACAGGUUGCUGGAUAGUCAUAUUUUUUGGAGAAAGUCGGAGAAAAAAAAGAUGUUAUGAGCUAUCUUGAAAUGUUCAAGGUUUUUCUUUCUAAAUGCAUGUAAACUCGCCGUGUGACAAAUAGGAAGAUAAUUUGUUUUCUUUUUACGACUCCGAUAUUUGAUAAUUCCUCUUCUUUUCUAAGAAUCCUUUAUAAAGGUUAAGUUCUCUAUUUUGUACGAAAUGUCGUUGUAAAGAUUGUAAAUACGGCAGCGUUCUGGAUGCUCGGCAAAGAAAAGAGUUCCGAGUCGAGUUCCGAUAAAACCGCGGAUAGGUUUAACGAAAAGCGCUAGGCAGCCUCCAUACAGUAAAUCCACCCACCGUACAACCAACCACUGUUUGUUCAAAUCAAUAAAGUACAUGUUAUAUUUCA